CGUUAAGAUGUGGAGAUCUCCCCAGCUGAGAGGGGCACCGUGGAGGCAGAGCCAGGCUGGGCGAAAGCAGAAUGCUCCACGCGACUCGGCCCCGCUGCCCUGGCACCCUGUGAAGGAUGAACUCCCGGGGCUUGCAGGACAGGCAGCCCACUGACAACGCGACCGACGGCAACGCCAGCGAGAGGGAGCGCAUCAGGGGGCGCAUGAAGAUGGUGAUCGGGCAGCUGGAAGGCAUCCUUCAGGAACUCAAGGAGGUGGCCAAGGAACUGCGGGACGUGGUGAGCCAGAUCGACAAGCUGACUUCGGACUUUGAGUUCGAGCUGGAGCCAGACGACUGGACAACGGCGACGGUGAGCAGCACGUCCAGCAGCGAGAAAGGAGGGGGCAUGUUUGACCUCGGCCACCUCGAUUUCAUGACCUCGGACAUCCUCUCUGACAGCUGGGAGUUCUGCUCUUUCCUGGAAGCCUCCACUCCUUCAGACUCCGGCGACGGCUCUGAACAGCAGCAGCAGCAGGGGCGCCAGCCCGACUACCGGUUGAUGAACGGCGGGGUGUUGAUCCCCAACGGACCCCGGGUGGAAACCCCAGACUCUUCCAGCGAGGAGGCCUUCAGCGCCGCACCGAGCCUCAAGGCGCACCAGCGGACGCCAGGCACUCGGGAACGGGUGCGGUUCAGCGACAAAGUCCUCUAUCACGCUUUGUGUUGCGACGACGAUGACGAAGACGCGGACAAUGGGCCGCCUCCCGAGGACCCUCCGGAGGAGCCCCCUCAUAAAGCAGUGCCGGUCGCCAAGACAACACCGCGGCGGUCGCCGCACCUCAGCGGCGCUCAGCAGCGGAAGCUGACGCGGAACAGCAGCACCCAAACGGUGUCGGACAAAAGCACGCAGACGGUGCUGCCCUACGUUUCGGCCAAGCAGAACGUCAAAGGCAAAAACUGAGGGU